AUGUCAUUCAAUCAGCUCGUUUACACUCUGUACUUACAUUAUAAACUCUAAUCACAGCAAUAAUACACAUACACACACAUAUAUAUAUACAAACCUCUUCAACUUAUAAACUUCAAUCCGCCACUACAAGCGAUCUACGGAGAAGCAGAUUCCGAAUCAACAGACAUCGCACACCGCAUACAUUGUUAUAUAGGUGAGAAUAAUAAUACUAGCAACAAUAUGUUUAUGUCGUACGCCACCAAGGCCGUCUUUGCUUACGCGGUUCUGUUGAAUAUCUUCUACUUGUACUCGCCCGUCGAAUCAAGCGGAACUGGCGUGAAUUUCGAGAAAUGCGAUGAUUGUGUGGCUUCGGACUGUCACGCCGGUGGGAGGCCAUGUUUAGACUCAGGCAUUCCCGAAACCCCGUACAUAUGUUUCACGUGUGAUCCAGAACCCACAAAUCAAUUUCUUCAGUUUUAUUCCAGUGACGAAUGCAACAGUGGCUGCGAGGGCGUAGGCGAUACGAUGCAGUGCGCUUGUGACAAAAACUGUUACAUGUGCGUACCAAUCACCUUCGAUACGAGUCAGUUAUGGGAAUGCGAGAUACCAGAUACUCCGGAGGAACCAACUUGCCAGUAAAUUCCAUAUGGCUCCGUCAACACGACCUCCGCGAGUUUAUAAUUAAAAUAAUAUUAUGAUAAUAUAAUAUACAAUUAAUAUUUUUGCUCUUAAAAAUAAAUAAUAACCCAUUACAUAAUAAUAUUAUGUAGUAUAUAAAUAUUCGUUUCAUAUUAUCGCCGUGAAGAAUUUAAUAUAUAUUACGGUUUUACUUCGCACUUCGUCAUGCAUAAUAUUAUAAUAUUAUUUUGUUGCACUGUGACAGUGGUAUGCAAAUUAUUUUUAAAAAUAUACCCUCCCGAUUUGUAAAAUUGUAAAUAUUAAAUAGGCAUUAAUGUCAUCCGUUUCCUCAAAGUUUGUUCCCCCUAGCAACAAAGGAAACAAUGAAAAAUUCUUUAAACUAAAUUGUACUACAAUAUUGUAACUAUACUUAUUGUUUUUCAAUAUUCCAUACGAUGUUAUCUAUUGUAUCACUAUUGUUAUUAUAGUAUACGUCAUAAUAAUAUAUAGUUAAGAUGAGAAAUGCUUGUAAAUAUUAUAUUAUGUAAUCGGUGCACUUAAAUCAUUCUAUGUAUUUUUUCUUCAAUAUUAAACUAUUAUUCUAUCUCGUUAUAUAUUUUGUGAUAUUGUUUAUUUUUUAGAAGCUUUGAGCACCGUCGUAUUCGACUGUUUUAUGCCAGUUUAUAAUUUUUGCCUUGCCAUUAUUUUACUAAUACUUAAAGAACUGUUCAAUAAAUUAUUAUAAUAAACUUUUAGCUGAUCCCGUGUA